ACAGACUGAGCCACCGAGGUGCGCUUCCCCUUUGUUUCAAGUAAAGGGGCGUGGUCUGUGGUUCAGCACCCACGAUGGUCAGUUUCCUCUGGCACAAUGCUAGUACUGGUUUCCACCGGGCGUCCAGGGCCUGGAGUCUGGAUGGUCUCACUGCCACAACUUAGCCACAAUCAAUCGCAUCCCUCCACGCUGCAUGGUUGACAUCAGUGCUUUUACAUACGUGGCUUCACGACAAAAACGCUACGGCAUUGGAAAGCCUGAUGUCACAUGCAGAAGUCCGGAGGUUCCUAAUCGGCACGGAGUCUUCGGGAGCAGGGGAAGCUUCCUUAAGUAGGUAAGAUCAAGAUAGAUCACAACCGGGAGGUGGGUCGGGAAUGGUUCUCAGAUGUAAGGGUGCUACUGGGAGUUGGCCGACCUUCCUGGUCCCCCUCUGUCACCUGUUGGCUCUGUGACCUUAGAUAGAUCUAAAAUCUCUCUAAGCCUUGGUUUCCUUCAUUGUUAAGGUGAGGAUGAUUGAACUUACUUCAUGGAGUUUCUUUGAGAUUUAAAUAACAUACACGAAGUAUGUAGAGCUAUUCUCCACACGAGCUCAGCACUGAGUAGACAUUAGCUACCGCUAGGUUUAAAAACCUUUAAAAUUACAUAACGUUUGCAGGUAGCAGAUUAUCUUCAACCGGACAGCAAAUGUAUGGAAAGCUAUUAACUUCAGAAGGAAGCUCUCAAUUUCUAGAAGUGAGUCAUUAAUUUGUUCCAGGAAAAGCUCUCUGAUGUUCCUUUCUGGCUCAUGCUCAGAUUAGGAAAAAUAGUGAAAGGGCUUACAUACACUUACUGCACGGUAGGUCACUUAAUCCUUCCUGUAACCCUGUGAGGGACGUUACGUCAUUAUCCUCAUUUUGCCCACAAGGAAACCAAGAGAGAAAGCUGUUAAAUCAGUUGCCCAAGGUCAGAAAUCUUGUCCGUGGUGAGGCUGGAUCCCAAUCUCGGACCAUGGGGCUGCAGCUCGCAUAGGACGAGCCCUCUGCACCGCAAUGAGGUCCGGCUGCCUUGGAAGAAAUGCUUUGAAGCCGUGCCAAGGAAGAGAUAACACAUUUCAACUCGCUACCUUCCCCUCUGGGUGUCCCCAAGGCAAAUAAUCCCUUCCCUGGAAACUGAUAGUCAGGUUCUCUGCUCAUUGCUCUUGUUUGCCUUGUGAGAAGCCGGUUGGGGUAGAGAAUAGGGGCACUUUCCACUUUGCUGUGGCUUAGACACCUGUCCUCGGUGUCUUCAGGUAUCCGGCAACUGGAAGGUGAGCAGAGACUGAACGACAUAAUUGAAAAACUUUGAGUAAGAGAAAACCAAGAAAUAAGCCUCCAUACUAAAUUAAAUUUCCUUCAAGAACUGGACGGGGUCAUAGCAGUUUCCAUGUGAGCAAUGGAUUCACAUGCUCAGAGGUAGCUUACUGUGUUGGCUUCCUCCCACGCUUUCUCGGUGUUUCUAGGACACUCGUCUUUUGGUUUUCACCAGGGCAUUAUUCUCAUCCCUUCAUCAGCGUUGAUGUAUAAGAUUAAUCUGUGAUUAUUAAAUGUCUUAUGUCAGGCAUUCCCAUGAUGUGGCUGUUUUUCACAACAACCUGUUUGCUCUGUGGAACUUUAAAUGCUGGUAGCUUCUUUAAUUUGGAAAAUGAAGCGAAUCCUGAAGUGUGGAUGAAUAUUAGUGAGAUCAUCACCUAUAAUGGCUACCCCAGUGAAGAGUAUGAAGUCACCACUCAAGACGGGUACAUCCUCAGCAUCAAUAGAAUCCCCCACGGGCGAACAGAUGAUAGAAACACAGGUCCCCGCCCAGUUGUGUACUUGCAACACGCUUUGUUUGCAGACAAUGCCUCUUGGCUUGAGAAUUAUGCCAAUGGCAGCCUUGGAUUCCUCCUAGCAGAUGCAGGUUACGAUGUCUGGAUGGGAAACAGUCGGGGAAACACUUGGUCAAGAAGACACAAGACGCUCUCAGUGACUGAAGAAAAAUUCUGGGCCUUUAGUUUUGAUGAAAUGGCCAAAUACGAUCUUCCGGGAAUAAUAGACUUCAUUGUAAAUAAAACUGGUCAGGAGAAGCUGUAUUUCAUUGGACACUCCCUUGGCACGACAAUAGGGUUUGUAGCCUUUUGCACCAUGCCUGAACUGGCACAAAGAAUCAAAAUGAAUUUUGCCUUGGGUCCUGUGGUCUCAUUCAAAUAUCCCACGGGCAUUUUUACCAGUUUUUUUCUACUUCCAAAUUCCGUAAUCAAGCGUUUUUUUGGUACCAAAGGUUUCUUUUUAGAAGAUAAGAUGGGCAAGGCACCUUCUACCAAAAUCUGCAACAAUAAGAUAUUAUGGGUGAUAUGUAGUGAAAUUAUGUCCUUAUGGGCUGGAGCCAACAAGAAAAAUAUGAACGUGAGUCGGAUGGACGUGUAUAUGUCACACGCUCCCACUGGAUCAUCGAUACAGAACAUCCUGCAUAUAAAACAGCUUUACCGAUCAGAUGAAUUCAGGGCGUAUGACUGGGGAAGCGAAGCUGAGAACAUGCAUCAUUACAAUCAGAGCCGCCCCCCACUCUAUGACUUGACCACCAUGAGAGUGCCUACCGCUAUGUGGGUUGGGGGCAAUGACGUCCUUGUAACGCCCCAGGAUGUGGCCAGGAUACUCCCCCAGAUCAGGAAUCUCCGUUACUUCGACCUGUUGCCUGAUUGGAACCACUUUGAUUUCAUCUGGGGCCUCGACGCUCCUCAGCGUGUGUAUAGGAAAAUCAUAGACUUGAUGAAGUCAUACUCCUGACGCAUGCACUUCUGGGCUCAAAGUUGCGUGCAAGCCCGUGAGAGGCCCUGGAAAAGAGACUAAUCAGCAGGAAAGUCUUCUCCAGGCUCGUUCGCCUCGUUGCUGUUGCCGAGAUGCUCCCCUAGCUGACAUCCAAGCAAGAAUUAUUUCAACCGUCCUGUUCUUUCUCUAAGAAAUGCGCAUACCCUCCAAAUCCCUUCCCCUCUGUCAAGGGUAGGCCCGAUUUUCCACCUCUGCUAACUGUACACUUGGGAGAGUAGUUCAAAGAGGACUUUUUCUUUCCUAGUUAAAGUAAAAUUUCCCGGAAGGAAAAGCUCUGUAAAGGCAGCCACUUGGGAAUGUACUUCGGGUGACAUAGGGCCAUACGUUAGGGCCAUAGUCAUUAUGGCUAUCUGUAAACAAGCCACGAGAUAAGGCCCAGCCCACAUCAAGCAUGAAAGAAAACAGAAGACUAGGAAAACUAACAAAAUUUAAGUAUUCCGGGAGCGCAUUUUACCGUUCCAAGCAAAGAAUGAAAAGAGAGGGAGACAAAACUGGGAAUGAGCAGGUAAGAUAAGCUGAAUUACUGAUUACUCUUAAGUUAGAACACAUGAGAAAUAAUUCUCUCUUCUUUUGCUCUAAAGAGAAGCUAAACCGAUCACUACUGGUGACUUCUUUGUCGAUGUGGACUUUACACUAUUGCCUGCUAACAAGAGACAUUUAAAGCAUCUUCCAGAAAACCUAUUUGAGAAGCCCCAAGGGAGGCACAGGAAUAUUCUAAGUCUUGCUCUCCUUCGUUCUCUAAAUGAUGCCAGACAUUGAUUCUAGGAUUAAGUACAGAGUUCCAAGAGUAGCGUGAAGUUCAGUUGCAAAAGUUCCGGACCUUCUAUGAUAAUGUCGUUAACGGAAAACUGUUUACGAUCCUCAAGGAAUCAUAAAUAAAUGAUACACAUGCAUACCUCCCACAGUUUAUUUAAACUUAAAACGGGUAAAUGUAGAUUAGGUCACUGAUAUUUGCAUGUAGGAUCAGGGUUUUGGGGAUGUCAAAUGCCACAUCAUCAUUCUUCAAUAAAUAAUCCAUAAUUCAUGAUUUUUAACCUCAGUUUCAGUGUCUUUAAAAGGAAUGACAAUUUU